CCGGUGGUACAACGAGCCACAGCCACAGCCACAGCUACAGCCACAAGGAGCCAACACAGUACCUGAACGGAAACUCUAGUCCCUUUGCCAUGGUCGUGCACGCCAGAAGAUUGAGGCUGAGCGCCCUGCUCUUGCUCAUCCAGUUGGGCGGCCUGGGCCUGGCCCUUGCCAACAGCAGAACCGCCUGCAGUGAGCGUGGUCCGUCCGCCUGCAGCAGCCGUCGCUGGGAUCACCGCAGCCUGGAGGAGUACGACGAGCGGCUGGUGUACAGACAAGAACCGGAGCGCAGCCAGCGGCGAGUCGCUGUGCAAUCCGCGGCCCGAGACGAUCGUCGCGACGAGCGGCGCGAGGAGACAAAAGUUCGGCUGGAGGCUGACCGAGUGCUGCGGCAGGAGGAGCGCUCGCUCAGUCGGGCAUCGCAGCGAGUGGAGGCUCGAGCACUCGUCGGAAGCCAGCAGCGUGAAGCUCGUGAGGAGCGAGCCGAAGCACGACGAUUGGAUGCCACGAACGAGAGGCGCGAGGAUCGAGUAGAACGAGAAGAGCGCGACAGUCGUGUGGACUUGUCCGCUAGUCGUCGCGCUGCAAGAGCUACCCGAGAGACAGUCCGACGGACAGACCUGCGAAGAGUUGAGCGACAAAACUCACGCAGCGUUAUGUCAGCAGUGGAACAGCGAGAGGAACGUGGGGAAUCCAAGCGUCUUGCGGAACGUGAGAAUCGUGAGGAGCGAGCAGAGGCACGACGUGAAGAACGUGAAGCGGAGCGACGGGAGGAACGAGUAGCGGAACGUCGGGAGGUGCGAGCAGGGGAACGACGAGAGGAGGAUCGAGCAGAGGCUCGACGAGAGGAACGAGCAGAGGACCGUAGGGAGGAACGAGUAGUGGAACGUCGGGAGGUGCGAGCAGAGGCUCGACGAGAGGAACGCCGUGAGGUGCGGGCAGCGGAACGUCGUGAAGAACGUGUGGCGCAACGGCGUGAGGAGCGACGUGAGAAUCGGGUUGGCGAGCGCGUGGUGGAGCGACGUGAGAGGCAAGAACUUUCGAGGGGACUGGAACGUGACAUGUCCAGGCGUGGCGAGCGCGAGGCGCGCGACAGAGACGAAGUCACGCGCCAGGACGACCGAGAGGACAUGCGACGAGCAGCACGAGACGAAACGCGACGAGUUCAGCUGCAAAGCGGACGACGAGCGGUAUCCAGACGUGACAGCCGCGAGACGAGCCUUCGCAGGGAGAACGAGCGGCGAGAGGAGCGCGAUGAGCUGCGUUCAGCGCAGCGGGAAACUGCCCGGCGAGAGGAACGCGAUGAAGAGCGUCGAGUGGCGAGAGACGAAAGGCGUGAAGUCGAUCGCAGGGUGGAGACCGUUGACAGGGAGAGCAGGCAACGAGUGGAAAGGGAAGACCAGCGACAGAUCGAGAGCGAUGCAUCCCGCGCCGAUCUCCGACAGAAUUCAAGACGUGAGGAGCGUGAGGCAGGCAUCGAGCGAGACAAUUUGCGACGAGUGGACUCAUCCAGGCGUGAGGAACGCGAGGAACGUCAGGAACGCGAGGCAGCUCGCGACCGUUCCGAAGUUCGACGCUUGGACAGUCGCAGGGAACGCGAGGAAGUGCGUCAGGAGCGAGAUCUCUUCCGUGGCGAGCAGCUGCUGGUCGGCCCACAAGAGACAGCCAAGGGCUGGCUGAGCUAUGGCAAACGCGAGCUGCUAAUCACCGGUCAGCUCCUGCUCCUCGCGGCGCUCUACAAGAAGUCAACCGCCAAUGGCAAAGGCCUCUCUGGUGGCAGUCUGGGUGCGCUGGGUGAACAGAUUCAGGGCUACCUGCAGGUGAUCGGCUGCUGAAUCCACCAACGACCCACAAAGCCACGAACCACGAAGCAAAUGCACAAACGGACAACGCAACGAGACCACAGAGGAGGAGAGCAGCGAGUAGCAGCAGCGAGUAGCGAGUAGCGCACUCGUUCCCACACGCACUGUACAACUUAAUCCCCAAAACUCUUACUGUAACCUAACCCACAAGCAUAACGACAAAUAUACAUAGGGCCAGAUACUCAGUUGAGAAUUCGGCAACUGCAA